AUGUGGAACAACAUGUCGGUUGGUGUGCGUCAGCAUCACUGUCGUCGAUGUGGUCAUGCUGUUUGUGACAAAUGUUCUCCUUAUCGGUCUAAUCUACCGUGCAUGGGUUUUGAAAAAGAUGUUCGUAUAUGCAAUCAAUGCUUUCCUUUAAUAACUGAUUCAGACCGCAGGAGUUUGGCUAUUUCGUUUGACGCUCGCCAUCCUGUUACAUGUAUUCGUGUAGAGGAAUCCUUGAACUUACUUCUAACGGUUGGGAAAGAUCGGAUUAUCAAGGUGUGGGAUAUCAAGGCUUUUUCAUCAAAUCCACAUUCAUAA